CUCUAAGUCAACAUCGAAACCCAGCCUGUCAACUUUUCAGAAUGAGUCGAGCAAGCAUUGAACAAGCCCUCACGGGUCUAAUACCCACCUUGAGCGGCCCUCUUCCUCCCGAACUGAUAGAAUUGGCGCUUUCCCUGCUUACGCGUUCGCGAAGCGUCGCGACCUCCAUGAAGCCAGAUGAAGAGAUCGCGCGACCAUACGCAUGCGCGCAAUUAGCAUGUGAAAGGCUGAAGAAGCGUCUGAACCUUCCCACCAUCGCAUCACGGCCGCCUUGUCCUCCACGGAUAUACAAGAAACUAUACAACUACCUCAGCAGCGCACUGCCCGACAGCACAACGCCUCGCGAACCAACAACACCACGGAAGCCAACGACCUCAGCGCCCGCAUCAGCACGCAACACACCGAAAACGCCGUUGAGCGCGAGGAAAACACCGAGGACUGCAAGGAGGCUUGACGACAACAAUGGCGAAGCACCAGAAUGGGUCAUGCCUACGAUUCGCUCCCUGGCUAAAACGUUCGAAUUUACCAGUCUUAUACCACACGUAUACACAGGCGUGGAAUCUAUCUACCCCCUCCUAUCCCGCAUGUCCGCCGCCGCCGCCGAAACACCCAGCAAGCGACCAAAACGAACCACAGCCACCACCGAUUCCUCUUCAGGAGAAGUGAGCGACACACGCGUUCUCAGCCUCAUCGUCGUAGUCUUCCUGCUCGUAUACUCGCGCAUGAAAGACAUCGACGUUUCCAUCCAACAAUACAACGAAUGGCUAGCAAAAGCCGUGAAAGCCGUUCUGGUACUCCCCGCUACUAAGGAUAUCGGGGAUGGUGAGCUACAAGCCAAGAUAGAAGAGACGAUGAAGAUGGCGAAGGAGGAGGGGUGGCUGCAGAUGCAGUGGUUCGAUAGUGUUAAGCCGCAGGACGAGGGGGAGGAGAUGGAAGGUGUGGAGAUGGGCGAAGGUGCGGUGGCUAAGGCGAAUGGCAUGGGGCUUAGAUCUGGGGGGAGUGAUUAUAUUGGUUUGGGGACAAUGAUGCAGGAUGCGACUGAUUAUCUAGGGGAGCGCCAGCAGGAGGAUUAUACGAGGUGGAGGGCUGAGAUUCUGGCGAGAGUGCGCGAGCUUGAGGGAGCCGCGUAGUCGUGGGAUGUGGCUAGAAUUCGUGAUGCAGAAUACACGUCACUAAAUGUUAAUAAGUGUGUACUUCCAAAGGCAGUGUAUACUUCUGGCUUAUCAAUAAAUUUGCAGAAUACGACACACAUUGUAGCCCUUCCAGGAUGCCGAUG